CCACCUGUUUGGGUUGAACGUCAAUCGUUACCCGAUGAUGGCCGCCUCCGCCUGCGUUUGGCCUGGGCGUACACUGUAGACUGGGCCUGCGAUUGCUCUCUCCCCUCGCCUCCGCCUCUGGACCGUCCGCACCGUCUGGAUCCGCCCCCUGGCCCGGCCUGGAGCGAUUAAGAGAUAUGACAAGACACUUAACAAUCUGCUCAAGAUGCGCUUAAGUAUCAAAAGCUUGUGCAAGUUUGGAGUUCUGCUGGUGUGCACUGUUAUAGUUACUGUGAUUGUUUUCCGCUUUGUGAGAGAUCCUCCUUCAUCCAGAGCAAAUGGACGACGAGAACACCCUAAAGACAUUUACAUACCAGCUGCUCAACGCUUGAAAGCCGCUGCUGAUGAAAAUGUCGAGAGGGUUGACUGGCACAACUACACUUUAAUCUACGCCGAAAAGAAACGAAGGGGUAAGGGUGAGCAGGGAGUCAAAGCUUCCCUCUCCUCUAAUUAUGACACUAAUAAGAAGACAGCGCUUUACAACAGCAAUGGUUUCAAUGCACUACUAAGUGAUGAGAUUGCUCUUAAUCGUUCUGUCAAAGACAUCCGUCACAAAGGAUGUCUACAAAAAAUGUACCGCAGCAAUCUCCCAUCUGUUAGUGUUGUAGUUCCUUUCUAUAACGAACAUCUCAGCACUUUGUUGCGUACAGCAGUGAGUGUCAUCACUCGCACACCACCUGAACUUUUGACAGAAAUUAUUCUAGUAGAUGAUUAUUCAUCUAAAUCUGAGUUGGGGGAGCAACUAGACUCAUAUAUAGCCAAGCACCUGCCUCAAGUGCGUGUUGUUCGACUGCAUGAAAGAUCGGGAUUGAUCAGAGCCCGUCUUGCAGGAGCCAAGCAAGCCAAAGCUGAAGUUCUUGUGUUUCUGGACUCUCAUACUGAAGCCAAUACUAACUGGCUUCCACCUUUGCUAGAUCCCAUUGCUGAAGAUUACCGAACUUGUGUUUGCCCCUUCAUUGAUGUGAUUCAAUACGACACUUUCGAGUACCGUUCACAAGAUGAGGGUGCCCGUGGAGCAUUUGACUGGGAGUUCUUCUACAAGAGGCUUCCCCUUUUACCAGAGAGUCUUAAAAAGCCAACUGAGCCCUUUGAGAAUCCUGUGAUGGCUGGUGGCCUGUUUGCAAUCAGUGCUAAGUUUUUCUGGGAGCUAGGUGGCUAUGACCCGGGCCUUGACAUUUGGGGAGGAGAGCAGUAUGAGCUCAGCUUUAAGAUCUGGCAGUGUGGUGGCAGGAUGUUAGAUGCCCCAUGCUCUCGAGUAGGUCACAUAUACAGAAAGUUUGCACCAUUUUCCAAUCCUGGCAAGGGAGAUUUUGUAGGACGGAACUAUCGCAGGGUUGCAGAAGUGUGGAUGGAUGAAUAUGCGGAGUAUCUCUACAAGCGCCGCCCUCAUUAUCGAGACCUUAAUCCUGGUGACUUGACCGAACAAAAAGCUUUGCGGAAAAGGUUGCAAUGUAAACCUUUUAAGUGGUUCAUGGAAAAUGUGGCAUUUGACUUGCCGAAAAAGUAUCCCCCCGUUGAACCUCCAGACUUGGCUACUGGCAGGGUUCGUAGUGUUGUUGCCAAUGAUCUGUGUGUUGACACUGACCAUAAGACUGAAAGCAAGAAAUUUGGUAUUUCAACUUGCAACCCUUCAAAUAGCGAACAGCUCUUCAAACUGACAUGGAGAAAUGAUAUAAGACUAGAAAGAAGGAAAACCCUAUGUUGGGAUGUGCCUGAACCUGGAGAGAAAGCCGGCGUGACGUUGUAUUCGUGCCACGGAAUGGGAGGAAACCAACUUUGGCGGUUUAACAAAGAUAAGCAGUGGCUCAUACAUGGUGGAAAUCAGAGAUGUCUAGAUUGCGAUCCAAGCACAAGGCAGUUGUAUGUCACAGAAUGUGAUCCUAACUCUGAAACCCAACGGUGGAUCUUUGAAUAGGUAUUUUAAAAAUAAUUCUUACGACCAAAUUAAAGUAGCUAUUAAAACUGACUUUUGAAGAAUGUUGGAAUUUGUCCUCAGAGGUUUGGGUUAACUGACUGACCUUGUAUAGAAUGUGCUACCUCUGAUCUUAAAAAAGGUAACUAUUAUCUGUAAAUUAAGCUUUGUUACUCUGCUCAAUGUUUUGUGCCAAACGGAGAGAAUAUCAAGAAUGGUCUUGUCUUAAUCUUGGAACUGUAUAAAAAUGUUGAUGAUUUGUGAAGAAGAAGAAAAUUUUGCACAAGUUGUAAAAAUUUCUUGAAUAUUAUGUUAAAGGUUAGAUUGUUGUCCUAGUCCUAGCUGAAUGAGCAACAUUAUCAGGAUAAUGUUUCUUUUCAAAAAUUUGGUACUGCUAUUGGUACUAUGUAUGUAUGUACUUGUAUAAAAUUGGUAUUUAAUUUAUGUUGCUAUACCUUUACUGUGUGUCUGAUCAAGUAGAGCAAAGUUUUUAUUAUCAGCUUUUUGUUAUUAUAAAUUGCAUCUUUUUAAAAAUUGUUUUGUUUAACACAUAACAUAAUGUGGGGUGCUUAAGGAAAUAGUUCAGACUUGCCUACUUUCUUUAUUAUUUCUAUGGAGGAGACUGUUUUUUGUAAAGACUAUGGAAAUAUGGAAAAGAAAUGAAUUUUUUUCAUGAGUCAUUUAAACAAGUGUUGUCUUAGUUAUGUAUCAAGUGAAAGGCACUUUAUAAUGAUUGUGCUGUAUUAUAAUUUUUUCAGUCUAUGUGUAAAGUCAUUAAACUGUAGGUUUUGUUAUCUAUGUUACUGUAUUAAUUGAUUCUGUUUUUAUUAUUGGCUAGUGAUCUCUUGAAGAUGCUUGUUUUAACUUGGGUUUUGUGAAUUCAUUUUUGCUGUUUGUAUUUAAAAAGGUUUUGAUUGGGUACUGUGUACAUUUAUUGAAUCACUGCUCAUUGUGAUGAAUAUGUUGCAACUUUUCUGUGAUUUGACAAUGAAAGAUUCGUGAAUGUUUCAAAUUAUGUAUUCCUUGCCUGUUUUACUUAACUUAUGACAAAUUGGAAUUUUAGAGAUUUGACAGGUAACAAAACAAGUUUCAGAACUUGAGAGUUGUCUGCAGUUUAAAUUUUAAAACAGGUUACCGUUUAAAUUGUUAAAUUUCGACCGGUGAAUCUGGUUCUGUGAUUGCCUUCCAUCCAAUGAUCUCAGCAAACACUUCUUGGUUGAACGAAGGGAAAGAGCAAUCAUAUGGUGUAACACUUGGUUGAUUAUUUCACAUCUGUUGGAAAGCAUUGUAUGUGUGAAGGUGCUGUAGCUUAUUUCUAAUCACCACUGUACAUUGGUCAGGAGAAAGAAAGGAUUUGUUUUCCAUUCUUUGUACACUAAGACUCCAUGGGAGAACAAUAUAUUGUAAUGAGGGAGAUCAUGUUAACUGGACCUUAUAUUCUUACUCUCUUGGACCGAAAAACCUUAUAUUACAGCAAAGUUUCCCUGUAUUUUGUGUAUUAUGUGACUGAUUUGGUCAUGGAAAGUGGUGUGUACACUACACUUUUAUCAUUGUCAACUAUUUGUGAUUUUGAGGAAACUUGGAAAUACAAGUAGCGAUAGCUCUACCUGCCAUUCAUGUGUCUCUGUGAUGAAGUAUUGAUAAUUCUUAUUAAUGAAUAAACAACUAUGUUAAUUUA